AGAGCAGGUCCGUGUAGGUCCGUGCAGGUCCGUGCAGGUCCGUGCGUGUGUCCGCGAGUGUCCGGCGCUGAGGACCGCCCCUGCUGGCCGCGCGAGUGUUGAUGGUCGACUCCGUGCACCGGGCGAGGCGCGCUGGCCGACCAUGUGCUUGCAGAGGACUCUGCGUGAGCGUCCCGGCGCCGCGGGAAUGACGGUCCGCCGACUGCGUCCGGCGUCGACGCUCGUCGUCGCGGCGCUGUGCUUCGCCGCGUCUGCGUCUGUGUCUGCGCAGAGAGCGCAGGCCGAGAAGCAAGUGGGCGACCCUUGCCGCGGCGCGGACGGCUUCUGGGGCGUGUGCGCGCUGUCCAGGAACUGCGGCUCCUUCGCGCUGCGCCCCGCCGUGUCGGCCGCCGACGUGUGCGCCUCCUCCGGCCGGCGGCUGGUGGUGUGCUGCGGCGCGGCGGGGCGGCCCCAGGCGCCGCCCAAGCGCAGCACCACGACGCGCGGGCCCGCCAACGACCCCUGGUGGCUCGCCGAGGCCGCCUUCGACGAGGACGACGUGCUGCCCGCGCAGCCGCCCGCCAGGCCGUGGUGGGCCGACACGGGCGACAGGCCCUUCAGCGCCAGGCCGUACGACGACGAGCAGGGCGGGCCAAACAGGCCAGCCAACAGCAACAAGCCUUACAACGGCAACCAGGCCUCGCCCAACAGGCCGUACGAGAGCAAUUCUGGCACGUCCUACGACGGCGAACAGGGCAGGCCUAACAGGCCAACCAACGGCAACAAGCCUUACAACAGCAACCAGGCCUCGCCCAACAGGCCGUACGACGGCAACUCCGGCACGUCCUACGACGGCGAACAGGGCAGGCCUAACAGGCCAACCAACGGCAACAAGCCUUACAACGGCAACCAGGCCUCGCCCAACAGGCCGUACGACAGCAAUUCCGGCACGUCCUACGACGGCAAUCAGAGCAGGCCAAACAGGCCAGCGAACGGCAACAAGCCUUACAAUGGUAACCAGGCCUCGUACGACAGCAAUUCCGGCACGUCCUACGACGGCGAUCAGGGCAGGCCUAACAGGCCAUCCAGGCCAACCAACAGCAACCAGAGCAGACCUAACAAGCCUUACAACAACAAUCAGGCUUCGUCCAACAGGCCUUACAACAGCAACCAGGCCUCGCCCAACAGGCCGUACGACGGCGACCAGAGCAGGCCCAACAGGCCAACCAACGGCAACAAGCCUUACAACAGCAACCAGGCCUCGCCCAGCAGGCCGCUAUACGGCAGGCCCGAAGAAGACGACGACGAGCUGAUCGCCUUCCCCGGGCCGACGGGGCGCCCACCGAGCGUCGCGACGCCCGAGGAGACGCUGUACAUCAACCCGCCGUUCAUGCCGAGCACCGACCCCCCGCGCAGGCAGACGAGACGCCGGAUCAGCGAGACGAAGUGCGACGAGUACUCGCAGCAGGUGCGCAGCAACGUGUCGGCUCUGCCGCUGGUGCCCGACCCGGAGCCCAUCUCCCUGCAGGUGGCCAACUGCAACUACAACGGCGUGCUGCUCAUCGUGGGCGGCGAGAAGACUGUCCCGGGGGAGUUCCCGCACAUGGCUGCACUCGGCUACCGAGACGGCAGGAACCUGGCGUGGAACUGCGGCGGGACGCUCAUCAGCGAGUACUACGUGCUGACUGCGGCGCACUGCACCUACACUGGCUCGGGCCCUCCGGCGGUCGUGCGGCUCGGCGAGUACAACCUGCGCAGCUCCAACGACGGCGCGCAGCCCGUCGACUACGCCAUCUCCAAGGUGAUACGACACCCCGAGUACAAGCCGCCGGCCAAGUACAACGACAUCGGGCUGCUGAGGCUGGCGCGCCGCGUCGCCUUCAGCAGGUUCAUCCGCCCGGCGUGCCUGUACACGCGGGACUACUUCUCGGUCGACAAGACCACCGCCACCGGCUGGGGGAGGAUCGACUACGCUGAAAGUGCCAGCGACGUUUUGCUGAAAGUCACUCUCAGCAUAAUCGACAACAACAAAUGCAACCAGCUCUACAGAUCAGACAUCAAAACCAACACUUUGUCGAAAGGGAUCUUGCCCUCUAUGUUGUGUGCAGGGGAACUGAAGGGAGGCAAAGAUACAUGCCAGGGCGACUCGGGGGGACCAAUCCAGAUCAGCAGUCGCACCAACCAGUGCAUACACUACAUCAUCGGCAUUACUUCCUUCGGAAAGUUCUGCGCUGGGAAGAAUGCCCCAGGGGUGUAUACGAGGGUCUCCUACUUCGUACCUUGGAUCGAGAGCAUAGUCUGGCCUUCCAACUGACAGCAACGAGCUUGCAACUAACGAGUGCCACAAACUGAAACGACCAUAUUUACCAGAACUUGAUUCUCUUUCGGGUUGGUACAUUUCUACUCAAGAAUAAGUGUACAGUGUUUUUUUUUUUUUUUAAUAAUUGAAAUGCAAGUGAACAAUGAAAGUGUCCAAUAAAAAUAAGACUUAUUUAUUGCACUUAACAGUGCUUGCCAUUUUUAAAUUCUGUAAUGUAAUUAUAAAACUUAAUAGAAUGUUAUGCUUUUUGAAGUAAAAUAUAUAUACAUAUCUCCCCCUCUCAGCAUUAUCUUACUUAAACAAUUCCAGGAUUCAGAAUUAUUGUAAUAUGUAAUCAUGUGUAAUAACAAGCACAUUGAUUUUGUCUUGUCAGUCAGCCCUCUUACACUAUACACAUAUGACCAGCAACUUUUCUUUUAUAUUAAAUGUUUGCUGGCAAUGCACACAACUGCUAAUUAUUGUGAAACAUAUUCUUUAAAUAAAGACUAAAUUUAAAAAUUUUCCAGU